AUGUUGGAGGGUCUGGUUGCCAACCUGCUCAAUCGCUUCCUGGGAAUCUACGUCAAGAACUUCGACGCGAAGCAGCUCAACAUUGGAAUCUGGUCUGGCGAUGUCAAAUUACGCAACCUUGAGUUGCGCCGCGAAGCGCUCGACCAGCUUCAUCUUCCGUUGAAUGUUGUCGAAGGCCACCUGGGCCAACUCACACUAUCCAUUCCAUGGUCAAAUCUGAGGGGCAAACCGGUCAAGGUCGAUAUUGAAGAUGUCUUUCUCCUGGCGGCGCCCCAGGAGGAUGCGGACUACGAUGCGGCGGAAGAAGAUAAACGCGCGCAUGUCCUGAAGAUGGAACGAAUUGAAAGUGCUGAAAUGCUCCGAGAGCGUAACGCAGAAGGCAUGAGUCAGGAGGAACAACGUCGAAACCAGAGUUUCACCCAAAGCAUGAUUACGGCCGUGGUGGACAACCUACAAGUCUCGAUUAAGAAUGUGCACAUCAGAUACGAAGAUUCCAUUUCCUCCCCAGGUCAUCCAUUCGCCGUGGGUCUGACACUGAAAGAGCUCAGUGCCGUCAGUACCGACGCAGAAUGGAACCCGACUUUUAUCCAAUCCACCUCCGACACUACACAUAAGCUCGCGGUUCUCGGUGCCCUGUCAGUAUAUUGGAAUACAGAUGCAACGCUUCUAGGAACUGGUCGCGGCUCUGAUAUUGGUGCAGAGGCACAAGGAAUUGAGCAUGACGACCUAAUGCACAAAUUGCGUGACGCCAUUGACAAUGGUGAAGGUAAUCAGUUCAUGCUUCGCCCCGUCAGUGGGCGUGCGGGCCUCGAAAUGGACAAGUCGGGUAAAUAUGACCGCCCUGCUAUGAAAGCACGUUUGCUAUUCGACGAGCUUGGUUUUGUGUUGGAUGAUAAUCAGUACCGCGAUGCCUUGAUGCUGGUGGACCUCUUCCAUUACUUUAUCCGCCAUCAAGAAUACAAGCGACUCCAGCCCAAAUGCUCAGUCAAGGAGGAUCCGAAGGCCUGGAUGAAGUUCGCUGGACAGGCAGUGCUCAGCAAGAUCCACGAUCGGAAUCGACGAUGGACCUGGGAAUACAUCAAAGAGCGCAGAGAUGACCGCAAUGCAUACAUCAAGUUCUUCAAGAAGAAAAAGCGUGAAGAAGCAUUCACACCGGAAGAGACUGCAGAGCUUGACAAAUUGGAAAGGAAGCUCAGCUACGAGGAUAUCCGAUUCUGGCGAUCUCUCGCUCGAAAUCAGCUGCGCAAAGAGAACGUUGGGGUCAAGAAGCCCGCCCAACAGCAGUCAUGGGGUGAAUGGCUCUGGGGCGCCAAGAAGGAAGAAUCAGAGGAACCAGCUAUGACUGAAGAGCAAAGGCAAGAGCUAUACAGUGCCAUUGACUGGGACGAAAAGAAAGCACUCGCAGAGAGUGUCGACGUACCCCGUGAAUGGGUUAAGCUGGAGGUCAAUUGGAGUCUACGUGCUGGUAGCUUCACUCUCAAACAGGAUCCGCAUGGCGCAGCAAACGAGGUCAUGAAGUUAGUGUUCGACAACUUCAGUGCCAAGGCUCUCCAACGCCCUGACUCUUAUCUCCUUGACCUUGACCUUGGUGGCUUGAAGAUGUAUGAUGGUACCACGCCUGGGACCCUUUACCCUCAGAUUGUCAAGGUCAAAGACUCUCUUCCCGAGCCCAAAAAAGACCAAUCCAGUACAGAUGAUGAUGAUCUCGCUUCAGAGGGCAGUGCAGAUGAUCUGGUGGACGAAGACAGCCUGUUCCACCUGCAACUGGAGAAGAACCCAUUAGAAAGUGAUGCCGAUUCUGCGGUCAAGGUCAAGUUGAAGAGUAUCGAAGUCAUAUACAACCCCAGAUUUGUGGUGGGAAUUGUUAAGUUCUUUGAGCCUCCCGAGCGACACAUGGAGUCAAUUGGUGCGCUUUUGGACACUGCGGGAGCCACUGUUGAAGGUCUGCGACAGCAAACCCGAGCAGGUUUGGAAUUCGCUUUGCAAGAGCACAAGAAGGUUGAUGCUCAAUUCGAUGUUCACGCACCUUUGAUAAUUGUGCCCGAGAGUAUCACACAUGAGAGUUCUCUUUGUCUAAUUCUUGAUGCUGGUCACGCCAGUGUGAACAGUGAGUUGGUCGACCGACAAGCCAUGCGAGAGCUCCAAUCCAAGCAAAAACAUCAGUACGAAGAGGAAGAUUACAAACGGCUAGAGCACUUGCUAUAUGAUCGUUUCCUCAUCAAGUUGGACUCGACUCAACUUCUGAUCGGUCCUGGAGUUGAAGCAACCAAAGCUCAGCUCACCUCUGAUGUUGAGUCAAAGAACUUCCAUAUCAUUGACCGGAUCAAUGUGGAUUUCGUUUUGGAGAUGUGCAUCGUCCCGAAGGUGACACAACUUACUCGGACGCGUAUAUCAGGAAAUCUGCCGGAACUGCAUGCCUCUAUGUCAGACACCAAAUACAAAGGAUUGAUGAAAUUGAUCGAUAUCGCAAUCCCACAGUUCGAAACCGGCAAGACCCAAUCCGACCCAGUAGCGGCCAAAGCCAUCGAAGAAAAGGCCAUUGCCACCAGAGCCCGAUCCGCGUCUUUCAAGCCUCCGGCCCUCAGAGAUCUUCCUGUUGUUGACGAUGAAGAAGCUGAAUCAGAAAGCGACCACGCGAGGAAAAGCGUGGACUCAACGAACAAUAUCCACCGCCGAGAUUUUGAGUUCAAAUUCAAUGUUGGCCGGUUGCGUGGUUCUCUCUUCCGCUCUGACUCUCAAGACCCCCUGAAAGAUAAAUUGCUGGUAGAACUUGUUGCAGAGGGGUUCGAGCUCGAUUUCUAUAUGCGUCCUUAUGACAUGGUUGCUGAGGUUGUUCUUAAGUCUCUGAGUGUGGAUGAUUACAUCGAAGACAACCCCGUUCCUGAAUUCAAGAGAAUCAUUUCCUCUAAGGGAUUCAACGCAGACGAAGACAAGGAUCUAUUCCAUCUGAAGAUGGUCAGGGUGAAGCCUGAGUCUCCAGAGUUUGAUUCCACAUACGAGGGUGUUGCGAUGAAUCUCGACAUCUCGGUCUCGACCAUCAAUCUUGUGGUGACAAGGAAGACUCUGCUCACUCUAUUGGAUUUCAUCCUUCUCACGUUUACAAGUCCACAGCAGCCAGUCGACCAAAAUCCUCAAGCAGAUAAUCUGGCCAUUCUAGAGGCAGCUGAUGCCGUUGAAAACCCCCCUCAGCAAGCUGGCAAGCUUCGCAUCAAAUCCAACCUCAAGAGUAUUGCUCUCAUCCUUAAUAACGACGGCGUCCGAUUAGCGACACUGAGUCUCAACACUGCCGAUGUUGGCAUAUUCCUCGUUGGCCGCUCUAUGACCAUUCAGUCUCGAAUUGGUAGUUUGACGUUGGUCGACGAUGUCAACUUGGGUGCACCCGAGGAAUCAGAUGUUCGGCGUCUACUGACCAUUGAAGGAGAUAACUUCGCCGAUUUCAAAUAUGAGACUUUUGACCCGGAGAGCGAGACAUACCCUGGGUAUGACUCGGAAGUUUACUUGCGCUCAGGUUCAAUUAAGAUCAAUUUCCUGGAAGAGCCCUACCGGAAAAUCAUCAACUUCCUGGUCAAGUUCGGCAAGAUGCAAGCAAUUUUCAAUGCAGCUCGCCAAGCCGCGGCGAACCAAGCCAAUCAGCUACAGGAGAACGCCUCACGAAUGCGACUUGACAUUGUGGUCAAGACUCCCAUUUUGGUGUUCCCUCGAGUGAUGGCGGAUGACAGGCCCAGAGAUACAGUCACUGCUCACCUCGGUGAGAUCUAUGUCAAGAACGAAUUUGUCCCUAUGGAUGAGGGCAAAGAUAGCCCAGCUGUUAAUGUGAUAUCUACUGGCGUGCGCAACAUUCGCUUGACCUCCAAAUUCCACUUCGAAGACGGCACAGAAGAAGAGCUUGAGAUGAUCCAGAAAGUGAACCUUGACUUCAGCAUCUGCUACCUUGAGCACCAGGCCAAUAACGCGCGCCCAGACAUGGAGAUCGAAGGUUCUUUGUCUCCUAUCAAUCUUCGCAUCUCCCAGAGUCAACUCAAGUUCUUGCUAGCCCUUUCGAAGUCUAUUCCAGGUGCCUUUGCCACAGAUGCUGAACAACAAGAGCUUGAGGCCUUGGAAUCCCUCCCAUCUUCAGUUACUGAGCCCACAACUACCUCCAAGGCUGUUCAGGCGGAGGAGCAGAAAGCAGUGGCCGCAGACGAUGCGACGAGCAAAGAGACUUGGGUUAGACUCGACAUGAUAUUCAAGGUCGAUAGUGUUGGACUGGAGCUUAUCCUAGCCAACGACAACCAGCCUGCUGGCCGCCUGGAGGACUCGAGCUUAUCCAAAUUCUCUCUUAAUGACACCAGAGUCAAGCUCCGCAUGUUGACAGAUGGCUCCUUGGAGUCAGAGCUUCUCAUCCACUCAUUCUCUAUCCGUGAUAGCCGUCGACAGGACUCGAACAAGUUCAGAAACAUCAUGUCCUUGAUCAACAACGAUGUCCAGCAGCAAUUCAUGGCCAGUGUGUCUAUGUCCCCUGGGCCAGACAAGCAUCUCAUUGCGAUGUUGACUAUAGAUAGUCCACGGAUCAUGUUUGCUCUGGACUAUCUGUCUGCUCUGCAGUCAUUUAGCAAUUCUGCAUUUGCGUCUGACAGUCCCCUGGAGAUUGUGGAAGAGGAGGUUGAACUUGAAGACUCAGAAGAGGGAUCUGAUGCUGCAACCUCGGACAAGGAAUCCACAGAAGUUUCUGCUGGAGAACCUGCCUCCGGAUCUACAACCCUUUCAUUCCGAGUCAAUUUAGUCGAUGCCCAGGUUAUCAUGGUAGCCAACCCUGCCAUUCCUCAUUCUGAAGCUAUUGUCAUUGGUACUAAGGAGGUUCUCAUCUCUCGUCAAAAUGUCUCAACCUUGCAGAUUCAAAAGCUUGGCAUGUUCCUGUGUCGUAUGGACAAGUUUGAAACCAGUCGACUGCGAAUUCUGGAUGACUUCACUGUUGAAUUGUCGAUUGAUAGCCGACCUCAAGAUCGUGGAUCUGCACUCACUUCUAUCGAGGUCCACUGUGAACCUUUGGUUCUCCGUCUGUCUCUGCGUGAUAUCCUGAUGGCAACUCAGAUUGUGAAUAAAGCGUCUGAAAUGCGAGCUCAAAAUGCCCAGCAGCUCGAGGGUGGGGAUGCGAAGAAAAUUACCGAUGCCAAAACCACCAGGGCACGCUCUGGCAGCAAGGCAUCCAUGUCCUUGGCCCACAGGAGUCGUCGCCGGUCCAGUCAGGGGGCUGAGACACUCGACAAGACUGCGGCAAUUGAAAGCUCGGCUGUUCUCAAGCGUGAGGAGCUGUCAGCCAAGAUUGAUGGCGUCCGCGUCAUCUUAAUCGGUGACUUGCAUGACUUGCCUCUACUGGAUUGGAGCGUUAAGAAAUUCAACGUCGAUGUGCGCGACUGGUCUUCUACCCUAAGUGUCGAUACCAACUUUGAUACUUUCGUCAACGUUUUCAACUUCUCCAAGUCGGCUUGGGAGCCGUUGAUUGAGCCUUGGCAGCUGGGUUUCCAUGUGGCGAAGGAGACGAACCCGGAUGUCUUUUCGAUCGAUGCUUAUUCUCACAAAAACAUGGAGCUCACAUUGACGUCAGCCACUAUUGCACUUGCCUCGAAGUCUUUCCAAUUCCUCUCUACCGAUGAGGAUGUCCUUUCUAAGCCAAGAGGUGCAGAUGCCCCCUACAGAAUCCGCAACUACACUGGCUUUGAUCUCCAUGUGUGGGCCGAUGUCAGCUCAGGGGAAGAUGGCCCAGCUGCAAAAUUGACCGACGGGGAGGAAUACCCUUGGCGAUUUGAAGAGUCCACUGCCAUUCGUGAGACUCUUUCCCCUGAAGGACAGGGCGGAAUCGUGGGCGUCAAGCUGGAAGGAAGCGGAUUUGAUAGCAUCAACCGUAUCCCCGUUGUGCGAGAAGGAGAGGUCAUCUACAGUCUGAAGCCGAAGCGAGAUAAUGUUCUCCACCGACUUCUCGUGGAGGUCAAACUUGGAGCUGACAACGUUAAAUACAUCACGUUCCGCUCGCCACUGCUUGUGGAGAACAACACUCAAAUACCCGUGGAGCUAGGUGUGUUUAGUCCCGAUGAAGGUCACCUCCUCAAGAUCGAGAAGGUGUUGCCUGGUGACGCUCGCCCAGCACCGGUCGGCUCAGCAUAUCUCCAUUCGGUUGUCAUUCGUCCCGAUCAGGGAUUUGGCUAUGACUGGUCGAACGAACGGUUGUUCUGGAAAGAUCUCAUCCGCCGGCCGACACGCACCGUGCAAUGCGUCAGUGAAAGUGGAGGCCAAGCACCCCCGUUCUAUUUCCAGGUCAAUGCAACAUUUGACAACAAAGACGCGACUACAAGCUCUUAUCCUUACAUGCGGAUUCGAAUCUUCGCACCAGUGGAGAUCCAGAAUUUACUGCCUUAUGAUUUCAAAUACCGCAUAUACGACAAGAACACCAAGAAGGACUGGACUAAUUUCCUGAGAAAGGGUGGAGUUAGCCCGGUCCAUGUAGUGGAGCUAUCUCAUCUUCUCUUGCUCAGCAUUGACCUCGAGGAUACGGUUUUCCGACAAAGCGAGUUUGCCAUUGUCAACGGGAAUUCUCAGGACUAUCGCAGAGAGCACACCCUGUCUUUGAAGGACGAACGGGGUCUCCAAUUGAAGUUGAAGCUCCACUACUUCAACAUUCCCAACAGUGGUGGAGCUUUCAAGGUCUCGAUUUACAGUCCGUAUCUUCUUUUGAACAAGACUGGCCUGCCUAUGGACAUUCAAAGCAAGGCCUUCCUCCAGUCUGCUCGCAAUGUAGCUGGCCAAGGCCUCACAGUUGACCCAAGAGAUGGUGGUCGUGCGCUGCCAUAUAUGUACUCUUACGGAUCUGAUGAUCAAAAGAACCGAUCUAUUCUGAAGGUCGGUGAUUCUACUUGGAGCAAGCCACAAAGUUUCGAGGCUCUGGGCAGCACAUUUGAGGUCGUUUUCCCCGACCGACAAGGCAGAUCAGAGUUCCACUCCGGAGUGUCUGUGGUUGAGGGCGAAGGCAAAUACAAGAUGACAAAGGUGGUUACUAUUGCGCCUAGGUUCAUUCUGAAGAGCAAACUCACUGAAGACCUCAUGGUGCGUGAACCUGGGUCAUCGAAUGUCCUUGAGCUUAAGAGCGGAGAGUUGGUUCCGCUUCACUUCCUCCGCCAAGUCCAAGAAAAGCAGCUCUGCCUGUGCUUCCCCGGUGUGAACAACCAAUGGUCUUCCCCGUUCAACAUUGCAGAUGUCGGAACUGUACACGUUAAGUUGGCCAAGUCGGCGAAUCAGCGCCAGAAACUGAUUAAGGUCGAUGUUAUCCUGGAAGAAGCAACUAUUUUCCUACACCUCAGCUUUGAGACUCGCAACUGGCCGUUCUCGAUGCGGAAUGAAAGUGACAUUGAGUUCAUUUUCCACCAGGCCAACCCCAACGUGGACGAUGAUGAGGAAGAUGACUCAAGCGGCUGGCGGCCUAUCCGCUACCGUCUUCCACCUCGAAGCAUCAUGCCUUACGCUUGGGAUUACCCAGCAACCAAGAACAAGUCUCUUGUAUUAUCUUCUCAAGGCAAGGAGCGACACAUCAAGCUUGCUGAGAUCGGUAACUUGAUUCCAAUGCGUAUCCCGCCAUCGAAGGCCGGCGAAUACCAAAGGAUCGUCGAUAUCAACAUCGUGGCUGAUGGGCCCACUCAAACUCUUGUCCUGUCGAAUUUCAAACCCUCCAAGAGUAUAUACAAGCAACAGAAGGGUCAAUCUUCACAAAAUAACAUGAGUGCCGGAUUUGAAGUCAAAGAGAUGAACUCUGACGUUAACUUCAAGGCUCAGCUCCGCCUGGGCGGCAUCGGUAUCUCUCUCAUCAACCAGAACUUGAAGGAGCUUCUCUAUCUCACGUUCCGAGAGAUUGAGAUCAAGUAUCGGGAGUCAGCAUUGUACCAGACCUUGAAUACCACUAUCAAGUGGAUUCAGAUUGAUAACCAGUUGUAUGGCGGUAUUUUCCCCAUCUUGCUUUACCCCAGUGUGGUCCCUAAAACCGGAAAAGAAAUGGAAGCUCACCCAAUCUUCCAUGCGAUGGUCACAAGAGUCAAGGAUGACACUUAUGGCGUUCUUUACAUUAAGUACGCCACACUUCUCCUGCAGCAGAUGACACUUGAGUUGGACGAGGACUUUGUCAUUGCCAUGUUGGACUUUGCCAAGAUCCCUGGUGCAUCCUGGACUGAGGAACAGGAGGGUAAGUUGUGUGAUGGGGAUUUGAAUAUCCCUGAGCCGCAACAGAACGAAGCAGGCCAGGAUGUAUACUUCGAACUUCUUCAUUUGCAACCCAUGCAGCUGGAUAUUUCCUUCAUGCGAACAGAGCGUGUCAAUGCAGAGGAUGGUGCCAUGCAGCCGUCGAACCCUCUGAUGUUCGUCGUCAACGUUAUGACGAUGUCGAUGGGUAAUGUCAACGAUGCGCCUAUCCGGUUGAACGCCCUGAUGCUGGAAAAUGCCCGUGUCUCUUUCGGCAGACUUGUCAACAAUGUCCGCGCACACUAUACCCAAGAGUUUGUGCGUCAAGUACACAUCAUUCUUGGAUCUGCCGAUUUCCUGGGUAACCCUGUUGGUCUAUUCAAUACUGUCAGCUCAGGCGUGGCAGAUAUCUUCUAUGAGCCAUACCAAGGCUUGGUCAUGACUGACCGUCCCCAAGAGCUGGGCGUUGGCAUCGCAAAGGGUGCUACCAGCUUUGUUAAGAAAUCCGUCUUCGGGUUUUCGGACAGUAUGGCCAAAUUCACCGGAAGUAUGUCUAAGGGUCUUGCUGCGGCCACCCUCGACAAGGAGUUCCAAGACCAGCGCCGGAUGUCCAAGUCUCGUAACCGUCCAAAGCACGCCCUGUACGGAAUUACGGCCGGCGGAAACGCAUUUGCGAACAGUCUAGCCAGUGGAAUUGGCGGCCUGGCUCGCCACCCUCUGCAAGGUGCCGAGAAAGAGGGAGUGGCAGGAUUCUUCAAGGGCGUUGGAAAAGGUGUCCUGGGCCUUGCCACCAAACCCGCCAUCGGAGCCUUUGACCUUGCUUCCAAUCUCGCCGAGGGAGUCCGAAACACGACUACCGUCUUUGACGCCGACGGCCUUGACCGUGUCCGACUGACCCGGUUCAUUGGCACAGAUGGUAUUGUCCGUCCAUACACUCAGCGAGAAGCACUCGGUCAGUUCUGGCUCAAGACUGCCGAUGAUGGCAAAUACUUCAACGAGGAUUAUAUCGCACACUUGGAGCUUCCUGGUCGAGACAUGCUGGUCAUGUUGACUUAUUCCCGCAUCAUGCUUGUGCGCACUAAGAAGCUCUACACCGAGUGGGACAUUCGCCUCACAGACAUCCAAACUAUCUCUAAGGAGCGGACUGGCAUGAGUAUCACACUUAAGGGCGGUGCUAACGGGCCCUUCAUUCCUGUUCAGGAUGAGAGUUCCCGAAAUUGGCUGUACAAACAGAUUGCUGUUGCGGUCAAUGCCUUUAACGAGAAGUAUAAUGUCCGAGGAUAG